AUGUCUGCACCAAUUGCCUUAAAUGCCAUAACAAGGCUUCGGAACUUAAUCAGAAGUCAAAGGAAAAAGGCACCUGUGAGAGCACAGAGAGCUAUGACAGACAGAAGAUCAGGGAAGUCAUCUGUCUCCCCAAAGGGGUCCUGGAAGCAGAAUGACUCCGAGACACAGGUGCCAGAGGAUAGCGUUUGCCUGGCCCAAAAAGCUCCACAGGUCAGCAGCUUUCUGGCUUCUUCGGGGGAUGUCCCCAAACAGAGAUACAAGAGGGAGAGGGCCCAAAGAAAAAGGAAGCUGGAGGACAUCAAGACGGAUCCAGAGGCCUGCAUUGUUCCCAUCUCCAGCGCUGCCUCUGCAGGGGAUGUCCCUGAGCAGCGAGCCAAAAGGAAGAGGGUCCAGAAGACAAAGACAUCUGUGGAUGUAGGAGCAGCUACCCAGGAGAGCAGCCUACAGGCUUCCAGCACAGCCACCGCUGAAGCUUCCCCUGAGGCUGCCUUAGAGCUCCAGUUCCCCAAGAGGAGAAAGCACAAGAGCAUAUGGACAGUGGACCGUAUCGAGGGGACAAAACUCAAAAUGAACAAGAAGAGGAGUCUCAGCUACCGCCCUGAAGACCUCAAAUCCUUCUACCGACUUCUGGAGGAUCCUGUGGUCCAGAACUUCUUGGCAGCUGACAUUUUCUUCAGAGUGACUGACAAGUACCUGCUGUCCAUGGUGGUGGAAUACUUUGGCCGAGUUGGGCUUCCGGGACACCUCUACAACAGGAUCCACUUUUUCCUGGCCCUCUACAUCGCCUGUGACAUGGAAGAGGACGACCCCAUAUCCAAGAGGAGCAUUUUCCAAUUCUUGCUGGGCAGAGACACCUGGCAAGACUUGUACAAGGACUUCCUGAAGUUGCAGAAGGAGUUCCUCCAGGCCAUGGAUUACCGAGCCAGGCUUACACGGGAGCAGUGUGAAGAGAUCCAGAACCAGAACCCACAGCACUGGGUCUGGAGCCGGGUGCGCCAGGGCACCCCUUAG